AUGAAGGUCGCUGUGUUGGACCUUGGGUCUCUCUUUGCCAAAAUCUUCAAGACCUCGACGGCGCCCGCGGCGGUUCCCUCGCCGGUCGCCUCCUCCAGCCACUCGCGAGGGGCAGCCACCGCAGGGCCGGCGGGCAUAGGAACGGGCACCUGGCUUGGCACGGCCCCGCCCUUGACCCUCUUUCCAGCCCUGGCGCCCGACUCCCGCUCCGGUUCGCCGGGGGCGCCAGCCCUGCAGCAGCCGACACCCGCCCCGCUCCGUCCUCUGCUCGCCGCCUCCCACCCCCGGGUCUCGGUCGCGAGCCGCACGGCAGAAGCGGGAGGGACCCCCCUCUGGCUGCCCAGUAGCCCGAGAGCAGCCAAAGUCCGGUCCUCGCCCCCGCCCCCGCCCCUGCCCGCGGCCCCCUCCAGCGGCGUCCGCGGCGCAUCCGGCUCCCCAGCCCCCCUGGUGGCCGUGGCGCGGCCGCCCCCGGGCCCUGGCGGGGUCUGGGCGGCGCUGCCGUCCAUCGGGGGCUCCGCGGGCGGCGGCAGUGUGACCGCGAGCGCACGGAACCCUCGCCCGCCUGGCCCCGGGGAGCGAGAGCCCGGCGCUAGGUUGCCCCCCGGGCCUGGCGCCAAGACCCUGUUCUUCACCCUGCGGGACCUCGGCGAGGAGUGGGCCUCGGACAGCGACUCGGAGGACGGCCGAGAAGCAAGAGGACUGCCAGAAGGAUCUGGAAAGCAGAGUUUUGCUGUGAAAAGCAAAGAUCCUUUACCUACACAUUUUACAAGAAAUGUACAGAAAGCCAUUGAUAAAUAUACCCGUGAAUCUGUGUCAUCAUUUUCAUCAAGUGGAAGCCCCAGGCCCACAGAAGCUCCCAACUCCUGGUCUGGGUCUGGGACACAGAGUUCAACCACAGGCCUAUCAACCGAGAGGAGCUCCAUUUACUCUUGGAGAGAUGAUGAGUUUGACAAAGCCAAUGCACAGAAAGUACAGCAGUUAUUCUGGGAGGUCGAGGAAAUGUUAUUUGAAGGGAAAGUAAGCCCUCAGACCCAGAAUCUACGGGCUGAAUGCAGUGAGUGGGCAAGAAGGUCCCUCCAUCUGAGAGUAUUAGGAAGACAGCUCGUCCUGCCCACUGAUGAAGGGGUCCAGCAUUUCCAGGGCAGCAAACCUGCUUCUGCUGUCCACAGACCCUUCUCUGAUGACUGUGAACCCAGCAGCAACAUGAGAGAGCUGUGCAUCUCCGGCUCUCAAAUAGUCCCGGCGGCACUCUCAGCCCUCACCCUGCCAGGUCCUGUUGGCACAGGGAUUGCGGACCUCACGGCAUGUUCAUCCCUGGAAGAAGAGGUUUAUGAUGUGGAUGGAAAGAUUGAAGAGUAUUUCGCUUUUGACAGAAAAGAAGAUGACGAGGACUGUCUUGAACAAAACCCAGCUCAUCACCACAGGACGUGGCAUAAGCAUGGACUUCCUCCUGUAUCCCCGCAUGACUGUGUUGGAGAUGCGGUGGCUGCAGAAGUGUUUGAUCACGUCUGGACAGCUGUGGUGGAAACACUGGAAAAGCUGAUUAGAAAGAACUGGGAAGUUACACUCAGAGAAGGAAAAAAACAGAAAGAAAAAUUGAAAGUAGCUGAGAAUAAAUCUCCACCUAUGGUCAUUUCCUGUAUUAAUGCUGAUGUGUCCAGUGUUCCCCCGUCCAGAAGUUCUGAAACUCGAAGUGUAUCCCUGGCUUCUCAUCUUAACCCACCUCAGGUUCCUCAGAUUCAUCGCUUCUCCAAUAAUUUUUAUAGUGACUUGAAUGGUGUGAUGACAGUUCAAGCAAAACCACUUCAGCAGAGACCUACUUAUUUUGCAGCGAGAACACAGAGUGAGCAAGAGGACAGAUCACUGGGUUUGGGGGCCGGUGCUCUUGCCUCGGCCCAGCGCCGUCUGGCACGGAUCUUGGAGGCUCGCGGACUACAGACUUCUGCAAAGAAAACACCGGCAUACAGGAGGCUGCCUGCUCUUACCUCAGAAUCACAGAGAAUAAAAAUCCCCAGUGUGUACAGGGAUGAAGUUCUUAGGGGAACGAAACUGCAAACUGGCGUGGACCGCAUGGCCUCCCCACCAGUCCAGACCUCAAGGAGCAGGUUGCCGCCAAUAGGCUCAGAGACUGGGGAGCAGAAUAUGGCAGUUCCCGGAUGGCGUCCUGUUUCUUUCAGAGGAAGGCAUCCACAAAACCAUGUGUUGAGCACAGUACCUGUCCGUGUAGAAAGAUCACCCCUUCAAGAAAGAUCUCUGGCCACGGAACAGUUUUAGCCCAGCACAUCCCAUACAUUGCGGUCAGAUACACCCCGAAAAGGUUCAUUGACACUGAGGGAAUUUGCUGGUCACACAUGGACAGGUCAAGGUUUUUUGACAGGUUCACAAUUUCCACCUAAAUCUUUUCAGAGGACAACUUUGACUUUCAGAAAGAGAUUCCAAGUGGCGUGUUGA